UAAAGAACUGCUAAAAUAGUUAACUGUUACCUUCCACUUUGGCGCGCAGUGGAGCGGUGGCGCGCUUUAACUGAAACUUAAUUUUAACAGAUACGUAGUUACUGUGCAGUGAGCACGGGGAUGACCGAUUCUUGAGUAGAAUAGACGUAGCUAAGCUCAGAGUAGUCAAGAUUCAUGCUUCGGGUCAACAUUUGACGACAAAGCUUGGCCAUUUUGAAUUAGUAUUUAAAAAUAGACUGCAAAUUUCAGCAGCAGCACAGAUGAAUCCAAAACGUCCUCUCUCUUUUAUAGACUGCAUUGUCAUUAUAAUAAUCUAAACAUUCCUCCAUAAAACCCUAGCUGCUGGCUUAACUUAAAUUAUUUAUAUAUAGCUUCGAUUAUUUCCUUGUGAAAGGGAUACUUUGUUCUUUAUUACCUGCUAAAUUCCUCUUGUUGUCAUCAAACAAUAAGCAGCAGACAGAAAAAGGAAUCCAGAUGCUAUCACUCUUCUGAUUCUUCUUUUCUUAAUUUAAAGAACUCCGUCUGAUCACUGUUAACCAACAUUCGCAAUGGUGAUUCAAGCAUGUUUCUUGAUUGUAUUGUCGAGCAUUUUCUGCUUGAGCGUGGAAUCCAAGUAUAUGGUUUAUAAUACUACAGCAAGCAUUGUCCCUGGGAAGAUCAAUGUUCACUUGGUGCCUCACACGCAUGAUGAUGUUGGAUGGUUAAAGACUAUGGAUCAGUAUUAUGUUGGAUCUAACAAUUCCAUUCAGGGAGCAUGUGUGCAGAAUAUAUUGGAUUCUUUAGUGCCUGCAUUGCUGGCAGACAAGAAUCGCAAGUUCAUAUAUGUUGAACAGGCAUUUUUCCAGCGUUGGUGGAACGAGCAGAGUGAGGAGGUUCAAAAAAUAGUCAAGAAGCUUGUCAGUUCGGGUCAACUUGAGUUAAUAAAUGGAGGCAUGUGUAUGCAUGAUGAGGCAGCUACACAUUACAUUGACAUGAUUGAUCAAACAACUUUAGGACAUAAGUUUAUAAAACAAGAGUUUAAUUUGACACCGAGAAUUGGCUGGCAGAUUGAUCCAUUUGGACAUUCUGCAGUUCAGGGUUAUCUGUUGGGAGCAGAGGUUGGGUUUGACUCUAUCUUUUUUGCACGAAUCGACUAUCAAGACAGGUCUAAACGGAAGGAUGAGAAGAGUCUUGAGGUUGUCUGGCGUGGCUCUAAAAGUCUAGGUUCAUCUGCACAGAUAUUUGCAGGUGCAUUUCCUAAGAAUUAUGAACCUCCAAGUGACAACUUCUACUUUGAAGUUAAUGAUGAGUCCCCCAUUGUCCAGGAUGACAUCAAUUUGUUCGACUAUAAUGUACCUGAUCGUGUGAAUGACUUUGUAUCGGCUGCAAUGUCUCAAGCUAACAUAACUCGAACAAAUCAUAUUAUGUGGACUAUGGGGACAGAUUUCAAGUACCAGUAUGCUCACUCGUGGUUUAAGCAGAUGGACAAGUUUAUACAUUAUGUGAAUCAAGAUGGGCGUGUGAAUGCCUUCUACUCAACGCCAUCAAUAUAUACCGAUGCAAAAUAUGCAGCAAAUGAAUCCUGGCCUCUCAAAACUGAUGACUAUUUUCCAUAUGCAGAUGAUGUUAAUGCUUACUGGACUGGAUAUUUUACGAGUAGACCUGCCAUCAAAGGCUAUGUUAGAACAAUAAGUGGCUACUAUUUGGCAGCAAGACAACUGGAGUUCCUUAAAGGAAGGAGUAAAGCAGGAUCAAACACAGAUUCUCUUGCUAAUGCGUUAGCAGUUGCUCAACACCAUGAUGCAGUUACUGGCACGGAGAAGCAGCAUGUGGCUGAUGAUUAUGCAAAACGGCUGUCAAUAGGAUACAAGGAGGCUGAGAAGGUUGUUGGAGAAUCAUUGUCCUGCAUAGCAGAGUCAAAACUAGAAACUGAUUGCACAAACACAACAAACAAGUUUCAACAGUGUCCCCUGCUGAAUAUAAGUUACUGUCCGGCAUCAGAAGUUGAUCUGUCAAAUGGGAAAAGUCUGGUGGUGGUUGUCUACAAUUCUCUGGGAUGGAAAAGAGAGAAUGUUAUAAGAGUUCCUGUGAUUAAUGAAAAUGUCAAUGUCAAGGAUUCUGAAGGAAAUGAAAUUGAAUCACAGCUUUUGCCUCUGCUGGAUGCCUCUAUAAGCGUAAGAAACUACCACUCUAUGGCAUAUUUGGGUAGCUCUCCAAAUGUGACCCCCAAGUACUGGCUAGCAUUUUCAGUAUCUGUACCACCUCUUGGUUUCAGCACCUACAUAAUCGCUAGUGCCCCCCCAACUGCCAAAAGGACAGCUGCUUUUUCAGAAGCACAAACAGUACACAAGACAAGAGCGACUCAAUAUGGGACAAUUGAAAUAGGGCCUGGGAACUUAAAACUAAUAUACUCGGGGAAAGAUGGAAAAAUUGCUCAGUAUAUAAAUAGGAGAACCUCGGUCAAAAAAUCAGUGGAGCAAUCAUACAGCUAUUAUGCUGGAGAUGAUGGAAGCAAGGAUCUUCAGGCCUCUGGAGCAUACAUCUUCCGGCCAAAUGGUACAUAUCCCAUCAACUCAAAAGGGCAGGUUGCUUUUACUGUUUUACGAGGACCUUUACUGGAUGAAAUUCAUCACAGGAUCAACUCAUGGAUAUAUCAAAUAACCCGAGUUUACAAGGGAAAAGAACAUGCCGAAGUUGAGUUUACUGUUGGGCCAAUACCAAUUGAUGACGGGAUUGGCAAGGAGGUAGUAACUAAGAUCACAACAACUCUAAAGAACAACAAAACAUUCUAUACAGAUUCAAGCGGGCGCGAUUUCCUAGAAAGGAUUCGAGACUACAGGAAAGACUGGGACCUCCAAGUGAAUCAACCUGUUGCAGGAAAUUAUUAUCCAAUUAACCUUGGAAUUUAUAUGAAAGAUAAUAGUUCAGAGCUCUCCAUCUUAGUUGACCGAUCUGUUGGGGGAUCAAGUAUUGUGGAUGGGCAAUUGGAACUGAUGCUCCACAGAAGAUUAGUUAUAGAUGACUCCAGAGGAGUUGGAGAGGCACUGAAUGAAACAGUUUGUGUUCUUGACAAAUGCACAGGAUUGACUAUUGUAGGGAAGUACUACUUAAGAAUAGAUCCUUUAAGUGAGGGUGCUAAGUGGCGUCGAUCAUAUGGUCAGGAGAUAUAUUCUCCCUUCCUCCUAGCUUUUGCAGAGCAGGAUAGAGAGAGUUGGACAAAGUCUCAUGUAACAACCUUUUCUGCUAUGGGUUCCUCCUAUGUUUUACCAGAUAACGUUGCAAUAUUAACCCUCCAGGAACUGGACAAUGGGAAAACUCUAAUUCGAUUCGCACACUUAUAUGAGAUUGGAGAGGAUGAGGAUAUGUCAAUCAUGGCCAGUGUAGAACUGAAAAAGGUGUUUCCAAGCAAGAAGAUAAACAAAGUAACAGAGACAAGCUUGACUGCUAAUCAAGAAAGGGCAGAAAUGGACAGGAAGAGGCUAGUUUGGAACGCAGAAGGCUUUUCUGGAGACGAAAACAAGGUGGCGCGGGGAGCACCUAUAGAUCCAGUGAAACUAGUUGUUGAACUUGCUCCAAUGGAGAUCCGCACUUUCCUCGUAGACUUUUGAUUAAAAAUGAUCAAUUGAAGGUCGAAAAGCAAUCCAUUUUAGUUCAGAGCAUCGACCAAUUUCCUGUCAGCAUGUCGUAGUGCAACUUUGCAUGUAAACCACUUGGAAGUUGGUUGUGUAGGUGUCUUAUAAAAUUUCAGCUUGCUGUCAUUGCAAUUUUCCUUUUGUUAAUUAGCUAAACGCAUGUCAUUUUAUUGUAGCAUAUGAACACUGUUGGGAGUGAAGUACAGAGGCAGGCAGAAACGACAUGUUUAUUUUUCCCGUAUAAAUAAUGUAUUCAUUGUUGGAAUGAAUCUACUAGCACUUGUGACCUAA